AUGCCUUCUGCCGAAUACCAGACACCGACCUUGAAAACACCAUGGAUCGAAACGCCACUUGUCGAAUCGGCUGCUCUUUCUCGGGCUGCGGGGUGUAGGAUCUUCCUGAAGCUCGAGAACGUUCAGCCCAGUGGCUCGUUCAAGUCCCGUGCGAUGGGAAACCAGAUUCUAUCUCACCUUCGCAAGCCGGAAUAUGCAAACCGCCGAAUUCACUUCUACGCCUCGUCCGGUGGAAAUGCUGGAUUAGCCGCUGUGUGUGCUGCCCGAACCCUAGGGUAUCCCUGCACCGUCGUGGUACCUCUCUCCACCAAGCCCUUGAUGUUGGAGAAGCUACAAGCUGCCGGUGCCGCGGACGUCAUCCGCCAUGGCGAGACCUUCUUCGAGGCAGGUUCCUAUAUGAGAGACGUUAUUAUGAAGACCAGCUCUGGGGAUGAUGAGGACGUGGCAAAGAUUGCACUGCACCCUUUCGAUAAUGAACCCAUUUGGGAGGGUAACAGUACCAUUAUUGAUGAGUUGGAAAAGCAACUCCCACCGGCCGCUAAUGCCGAGGAAGAGCAAGCUUACAACGGGCGAGCACUCCCUCUAGAUGCCGUCCUUUGCAGUGUCGGUGGUGGUGGACUUCUGAAUGGCCUCGUUAUGGGUAUUGAGAAGCGGCGAUCUAUGAAGCAAAGGGACAAUGGAUAUUCCAGCACCAGCCACUCCUACUUGGACACCUCAUUGGAAACCAGUACCACCACCACGACCACAUUUGCUCCUUCCUCCACCACCCCCAGCCCUAUCAACAUCCUAGCCAUCGAAACAGACGGUACCGACUCCUUAGCAGCGGCCAUGGCCCAGAAAUCCCUCGUCUCCCUCCCCAAGAUCACCUCCCAAGCCACUUCCCUUGGCGCCAUCCGCGUCUCCGAAACCACAUUCCAAUACGCCAUGUCUCCUCCACCCGGUAUCAAAGUCCACAGCGCCGUGCUCACAGACGCCGAGGCUGCACGAGGUGUGCUUCGCCUUGCAGAUGAUGAGCGACUUCUUGUCGAACUUGCAUGUGGUGUCUGUGUUGAAGCGGCUAUCGGCGACGCCGCCACUGCUACUGCCACUAUUACUACCGCUGGGCCGGAAACUCCCGUCGUCGAGGGUCAAAGCCCUAAGAAGCGGAAGAGAGAUUUGGAUGACUCUGCCUCCCGGGAUGAGGGAUACGGCGAUGACCGGCCUUCAUCGACGGAUAAUGAAGUCUACUCCGAGCCUCGGACGGAAAGCAGUGAUACAAAGACCCCAGAACUCACAUCCAAGUUGAAGAAGCUUCUACCAGACCUCAACUCUCAGAGCAGAGUUGUUAUCAUUGUCUGUGGUGGAAGUAAUGUUACUAUUGAUAUGGCUGGUGAAUAUAGAAAGCUGUUGUCGGAGGGAUGGGUUUGA